AUGGCUCUACUACAAGAAAAUCCGGUCUCCGGAGCCGUUCUCAAUGGCCACACAAUCGACUCCAAUGAAAUCAAAACAGCAUUCAAAACAAGCGUUUCCCCGCUUUCAGAUCCUAAGGUCGAAUCAAAUGGAACGACUGAAUCCAAGCCCAAAUUCGAGAUUGAAGAGCAUCCUAUCGAUCAAGUUCGCGAUAUUAGAGUCGGAAUAAUCGGUGCUGGUUUAUCAGGAGUCACGGCAGCAAUUUUGUUGCGUGCAAAGCUGCCUGGUAUUAACGUCACAGUGUAUGACAAAAAUGGAGACGUUGGUGGGACGUGGUACGAGAAUACGUAUCCCGGUGUCCGUUGCGAUAUUCCUGCCCAUGUAUAUCAAUCCAAUUUUGAACCCAACACUCAAUGGACCGAGGAGUUUGCGCAGGGGCAUGAAAUUCGCAACUACUGGCAAGGCGUGGCCAAGAAGCAUGGUGUUUAUGAUCGCUUGAAAACGAAGCAGAAGAUCUUGAAGGUGGAAUGGAUUAACGAAGAAGCCAAAUGGAAAUUGACUAUCCAGGAUUUAAAUACUGACAAGCUGUAUGAAGAGAAAGUGGAAUUCGUCAUAUCCGCCAUAGGUCACUUUAAUGCCUGGAAACUUCCAGACUACGAGGGUAUUGAAUCCUUCAAAGGACCACUCUUCCACUCAUCAAACUGGGAUCACAGUGUCGAUUUGAAAGGAAAACGCAUUGCUCUCAUUGGCAAUGGUGCUUCUGGUCUGCAAGUGCUACCAUCUAUACAACCAUUAGGUAGCCAUAUCGACCACUACGCUCGCAAUCGUACCUGGGUUGUGGACUCGUUCGGUGCAACAGGCGUACGCAGACUAGAACCUAAUCUAUUCAGCGAAGAAGACAAGGAGUCAUUCAAGGACCCACAGAAAUAUCUCGAAUACCGCAAGAAGGUCGAAGCAGACUACUUCCGCCGCUUUGGAGUCAUUUUCAAGAACGAUCCGCAAAACGCCGAACUUCGUGACAAAUGGACAGAACUUAUGCUUCGACGCGUGGACCCUACUCUAGCGGACAAGAUUAUCCCCGAUUUCCCGCCUAAUUGUCGACGUCCCACUCCUGGACCGGGAUAUUUGGAGGCCCUCUCCAAGCCGAACGUGAGCUAUAUCCAAGAUCGGAUUCAAAAAUUCACCGAAAAGGGCAUUGUCACCGUGGAUGGAAUUGAGCGGGAAGUGGAUGUGGUGAUUUGUUCUACUGGCGCGCAUAUCGACAUGGCGCCACAUUUUCCCAUAGUCGCCAAUGGAGUCAAUUUGCAGGAUGCGUGGAAGCCUGACGGUCUCUACGGGUAUCCUCUUACCUAUCUCGGUAUUACUGCGCCGGGUGCUCCUAAUAUUGCUUGGAUUCUGGGUCCAGCAUCUGCCGGUUUCAGUGGUACCGUACCAAACAGUGUCGAGAAUCAAGUGACUUAUAUCGCUAAAGUCAUUCGCAAACUACGCAGCCAGGGAAUUGCAAGUAUCGCACCUUCUUUUGAUGCUACGAAUGAGUAUCAAGAGUAUGCUGAGCAAUUCUAUCAGCGAACUGUAUGGACAGGAAACGAUGAUUCGUCGGAGGGCAAUAAGAAUUGCUCAUCGUGGUACAAUGGUGGUAUUCCUGGAGGUCGCGUAGUUGGUCUGUUUCCCGGUAGCGCUGCUGCCGUGAACUACAUAUUGAGAGACCCUAGAUGGGAAGACUAUGAAUAUACAUACACGAGCAGAAGUGGCAAUCGGUUUGCUUGGUUUGGUAAUGGUUGGACUACUCGAGAGAGCUCGCCUAAUAGUAGUGUCAACUGGACACCACAUCUGAAGGACCCGGCGGCGAUUGAUUUGAGGACACAUUUUGAGGGCUGGUGGGAUGUAUAG